UCAAGUCCAGAGCCGGGUAGUGGUAGCGGCGCUGGCAGUAGCAGUGGACCGGCUGUAGCUUGGGCAAGCCAUGCCGGCGGCGCGCGUGGAGUACAUCGCGCCCUGGUGGGUCGUGUGGCUGCACAGCGUUCCGCACUUCGGCCUGCGACUGCAGCGAGUGGACAGCACCUUCAGCCCCGGCGACGAAACUUACCAGGAGUCGCUGCUCUUCCUGGGGGUAUUGGCUGCCAUUGGCCUGGGCCUGAACCUCAUCUUCCUCGCCAUUUACCUGGUGUGCACGUGCUGCUGCCGGCAGGACCACACCGUGCAGACCAAGCAGCCGGACUCAUGCUGCGUGACCUGGACUGCGGUGGUGGCUGGGCUCCUCUGCUGUGCUGCAGUGGGCGUUGGUUUCUAUGGAAACAGCGAGACCAAUGAUGGGGUGCACCAGCUGAUCUACUCCCUGGACAACGCAAACCACACCUUCUCUGGAAUGGACGAGCUGGUGUCUGGAAACACCCAGAAGAUGAAGGUAGAGCUAGAACAGCACCUGGCCCGGCUCAGCGAGAUCUUUGCUGCUCGGGGUGACUACAUCCAGACUCUGAAGUUUAUGCAGCAGAUGGCCAGCAAUAUCGUCAACCAGCUCUCGGGGCUGCCCGUGUGGAGGGAGGUUACCACACAGCUGACUGAGCUGUCCCACCAGACUGCCUACGUGGAAUACUACAGGUGGCUGUCCUACCUCCUGCUUUUCAUCCUGGACCUGGUCAUCUGCCUUGUCACCUGCCUGGGACUGGCCAGGCGCUCCAAGUGUCUCCUAGCCUCCAUGCUGUGCUGUGGGAUACUGACCCUGGUCCUCAGCUGGGCUUCUCUGGCUGCUGAUGCCGCUGCAGCAGUGGGCACCAGUGACUUCUGCAUGGCUCCUGACAUCUACAUCCUGAACAACACACAGAGCCAGAUCAGCUCAGAGGUGACCCGAUACUACCUCCAUUGCAGUCAGAGCCUAACCAGCCCCUUCCAGCAGUCACUGACCAUCUUCCAGCGCUCAUUGACCACCAUGCAGAUCCAAGUUGUAGGCCUGCUGCAGUUUGCCGUGCCCCUCUUCCCUACAGCAGAGAAAGACCUUCUUGGCAUCCAGCUUCUGCUAAACAACUCUGAGACCAGCCUGCACCAGUUAACUGCCAUGUUGGAUUGCCGAGGGCUGCACAAGGACUACCUGGACGCUCUCACUGGCAUCUGCUAUGAUGGCAUUGAGGGCCUGCUCUUCCUUGGUCUCUUCUCCCUCUUGGCUGUCCUGGCUUUCUCCACCCUGACCUGCACCGGACCUCGUGCCUGGAAACACUUCAUCAACAGGGACAGAGACUAUGAUGACAUCGACGACGAUGACCCUUUCAACCCCCAAGCUCGGCGCAUCGCAGCCCAUAACCCCAUGAGGGGGCAACUGCACAGCUUUUGCAGCUACAGCAGCGGCCUUGGCAGCCAGUGCAGCCUUCAGCCUCCUGCCCAGACCAUCUCCAAUGCCCCUGUCUCUGAGUACAUGAACCAGGCAGUACUCUUCGGUGGGAACCCACGAUACGAGAACGUGCCCCUCAUCGGGAGAGGUUCCCCUCCACCCACAUACUCUCCCAGCAUGAGGGCCACCUACAUGUCUGUGGCGGAUGAACACCUGAGACACUACGAGUUCCCAUCCUAAGAACGUUUGGGGUACCCGCCUCUCCUGUCAGCUUAGUUUUCAGCAGAUGCAGAACCCAGCUGUGUUUCUGGAAUAGAAACUGAAGGUUCCUGUACACGAACAGACUCCUGUGGCUGCAGAGACACAGCUGGGACUCCUGACCAAAGCCACGGGUGGAGACGAGGCCUGUGACUAGACCAGCCUCUCUGACCUUCACUCCCCAGGACUCGGCUCUUGUCCCUGAGGUGGCUACCUUACGUCCCACCCUCUACAGAUGAGAAGUGGCAGUGAGGAGGGCACCACCAGCCUGAGAGCCCUUUUCUCUCAGGGCCUUGCCACCGGGCCUCUGCCCCUUGUUAGCGUGGCCCUAAGUCCAGGCCACACCUUCCAGUUAUUUUGUCCUUGGUUUCCAGGCUGGUGGCAAUUGGAGGUGUGUUAGGAGAACACCUGGUCCACAUUCUGGGACUACAGAGACUCUGCCUAGACCUCAGAAGAACUGCAUCAAGAGAAUGCAGUUCAGCUGGGCACUGCAGCCUUGCAGCCAUGGGCAGAUGUAUGGGAAAAAGCCUGCCAAAUUCUCUAACCUCCACCAGCCACCCCCAUCCUGGAACCAGGUGUCAGCUGCAGGUGGGCACAGUCUCAGGUAUGAACAGACACUUCAAAACAACUGAACUCGUUCCCAGUGUUUUAAAACAUUUUCAUGAUCCAAAGACUCAGGCCUCCCUCACAGGCACGGCCAGUUCUUGCAACAGACUCCGGCUCAGGUUCCACACCGAUGCCCUGCUAUGGCUCUCACACAAGCCAUGGUACAGAUCUGGAGAAGGGCUGAGGAGUGGGUUGUGGGGUUUUUUGGGUUUCAUCUUGCUGUGGUCUCAUUAUAUACCCUGACUGACCCUGGCCUAGAAUUCUGCCUCCAGAGUACUGGGUUUAAAGGCAUGUGCUACCAUACCACACCAGGCCAGGAGCAGAUUUGAUUUGUUUUUUUGAGACAGGGUUUCUCUGUGUAGCCAUGGCUUGGCUGAGAACUCGUUCUGUAGACCAGACUAACCUCAAAUUCAGAGAUCCAUCUACCCGUCUCUGCCUUGUGAGUGCCAGGAUUAAAGGCAUGCGCCAUGAUGCCACAUCCUGGGUUUUUUUUUUUUUUGGUUUUUAAUAAAAUAAAAUAUUGGUGAGACAUUCUACCCCACAUGACUAGAGAAGUAUAUCUGGAGCCUUGUAAAGGGGAAGACAUGAUAGGACUUUAUUCUGAGGAUCAGUCAUUUCUGUCCAGGAGAAAAUAAUGACUCCUGUCCUGCCUGCCAAGGGACCAGGUUAGGGGUCUUUGGUGCUUCCAACCUCCGACCAACCCAGAGUAUACUACACACUGAAGCCCUGUGGCCUUGUACAGCCAAGCGAGGCCCCACUGAUGGUGUGGGAUAGGGCUGUUUCCAUCUCAGAAGAGCCACAUUGUCAUUGUACUGACAGCUCCCAGCCAAGCCACCGGCAUCACUGUGUCUCAUAUUAACCCCGUGCAUACUGUGAGCUACCUGUGUAUGCCUGUGUCCUGCCUGUGCAGACUGAGAGCUUCGGCCUCAGGCCUUGCUUCUGAUGUUUCCUCUGAGGCAGCUGAAGGACGUUUUAAUGCAUGUACAUUAAACUAAAACUCCUCCGGGUCCUACAAGAGUCGGGCGAGCAAACCUCUGCUUGAUACAUGUUCGCCCUCACCCGAGCCAAGAAAUAAACCACUUCUCUUAAGAUA